GGCAGCAUGUGGGAAGAACAGCAUUGAGGGAGCCUGAAACUCAGCAUUUUCCAUAAAUUAUCUUUCUGCAGCACAGUGCUGGUGAUGCAGGCUGACUGGAGAUGCACCUCAGUAGCAUUUCACAGUUUUGCCUGUAUGUGCUGCUGCCUGUGAGUAGCAGCUACAGAGGGUGUAGUAUUUUCAAAGGACCAUAUAGUGACAGUGUUCAGCUCAGCACUUGAAGAGCCACUCCAACUGCAGCUGGGGCUUGGAGUUGCAUCCAUCAAAUGUUCCCUUUUUAGAUCGGAGCUGGUCAGGAAUCCUGUGGGGUUUCCUGCUAAUCUCUGUGUGGAAUCCAUUCGGUAACACUAGCACCCCUUUGCAGAAUGCCCCCUUCUAGCAUCCCAGUAGUGGUCUGCUCUGUGCUUGCCUCAGUUACACUUCUGCAGCAGUAACACUCGUCUUUAGUGCAUAACUCCUAUGCUUACACACUUCCAUUGCAUAUUCUGCUGCCUCUAUGCCAGUGGGAACCCAGAGUACACAGAUACCCCUUAGCACAUUUUCUGUACAGCCAUCUGUAUGAUAUCAGUUCCUUACAUCUCCAUGCACAGAAAGGUUGAUGUCUGUUGGCAUUUUCCACAAAGUCCCUACAGGGUUACUAUUUCAUGGCUCAGGUUAGCUUUGCAAAUGUGCUCUUGAACUGUGCUCAGUCAUGUUUCUGUUGGUGCUAUAGCCUUUCAUGGUCCUUGCCGUAAUAUCAGACAAGAACAUCGCUAAUGUGUAAGGAGGGAAGGGGGGAGAUCUAGACCAGUUCUGUUCUUUCUUUGAUUUUGUGGCUUCUAAAGAAAAUGAUUGUAACAGAAGACUCUGUGCCGAGCCUUGAGGCCAUCUUGAAAUAUACUCUCUUCAACACGGAGGAGGAGCUGCUAUCACAGUUCGAUGCCAUUCCAGGCAAGAAGGGCACACGUAUCCUCAUCUGGAACAUCCGCAGAAAUAAAGAUGGGAAGCCGGAGCUAGACUUUGAUACAGACAGGUUUGACAUUCGGUUAUCAGACUUCAACAAAGAGGAAGCAGAGAAUCCUGGGAGGAAGCUACUACCUCCACACCUCGAGAAGAUUCAGGAGUCCUCUGCACCAGAAACAGAGUACUCCUUACGGGCAUACUGCAGUAUCUUGUACCUGAAGCCCCGCAUGCAGAUUGUUCUGCGACAGAAGACGGUGAAGACUCAGCUGAUGGCCAAGAGCUUGGCCCAUAUUGAAUAUAAUGUAUACAAACCCACCUUUAUAAAUAAAAGAGUGAAGAUUACCUUUGGGUUCAACUGCAAAAAUAAAAGCCACUGUGGGAUCAUGAUGUACCACAACAACCGACUUAUCAAGUCCUAUGAGAAGGUUGGCUGCCAGAUGAAGGGAGAUGCUGUGGGAGUAAUCGGGGUGAUUGAGUGCAACUUUCUUAAACCAGCACACAACAAACAGGACUUUGAAGAAAACAAGGAAUACCGACGGACAAUUACUGCCCUGGGACAGAAACUCAAUCUUUACUGGAAAGCGAAGAUGGCCCAGAUGAACUUGGGAACUUCAGAUGCAUCCAGCAUGAUAGCAGAGAGGCCAGAUCAGACAUGGGUGCAGUGUGAGGAGUGCUUGAAAUGGAGGAAGCUGCCUGACAAAAUAGAUCAGUCAUCGUUACCAGAGAAGUGGUUUUGUUACCUCCAUCCCCACCCCAAGUACAAAAGCUGCUUAGCACCUGAGGAACAGGAGCUCAGCGAUGAGGAGAUGAAUCCCAGCUAUGACAGAAAGUUCAGGAAACAAGAUCAGCCCUCAGACAGGAAGCAGAGAAGAUCAUCAUCUUUAGAAAACCUGGAGCACCAGGUGUCAUCCCCUGCUUCAGAGCCCUCUCCUGCUGAGAAUGACCGUAUCAUAAGUUCUGUGAAACAGGAGCCUGAGGAAGAGGCCACUGAUGGGAUUGCUGGCUCUAACACGCCUCCACCUGCUCUGGAAAAGUUCAGUUCUGUGCAUUGGACCAUUGGGCCACUAAAGCGAAACAUGUUGCAAACUGGAGGCAAGCACAAGCUGUCUGUGGAAGAAGAGCUGCUGGAAAAGCGGAGACGAUACCAGGAACAGAUUGAAUCUUCCCCCCCAGAUCUUACUAGUCCCAGUCCCCCCAUUUCUCCUCUUCAAAAGGUUUCCACUAAAGCAAAACAAGAUGACUGCUACAAGUCCAACAUCAAGGGGGAUGUGAGUGUGACUGAGAGCAUGUGCCCCUGCCUUUCCAGAGACCAGGAGGAUGUAUCCAGUGGCACCAGCGAUGUUGGGAAUCUCUGCCCCAAUGACAGAUCUCCAGCACCUGACAGUCCCGUAGCAGGUGUUAAAAAGGAAAUGGCUGUUGUUCAGGGGGACCUGCAAGAGCAAAUGCCAAACUUAGUAGCAGAAAGCCAGGCAGCAGGUGGAAGUGUUUGUGUAAAUAUGUAUGGUAGCAUGGGGGAAAUGGACAAGAGGCCCUUUGUGGCUGUUGUGGGCAUUUCAAAGACUGCUGCAGAAAGUGGAGCUCCCAUUCAGCUGAUCCCUUUGGUGUGGGAAGAGAGACUUGACAGACCAAAGGCUGAGGAAAAGGCUUUGAACUCCAAUGAUCCUCCCCCUGAAGGGGACAGAGAUAGAGGAGAUUUACAGGAAUUGACAACUGUGGAUCAGAAAGACACAGUGAAGCAGCAAGAACUGAGAAGAGCUGUGGAGAAUGUCUCGGUGGUACUAAAGAGUGUCUCAGCUGAACGGGAUUUGCUCCAGUACAAGGUGGAGAAACUGGAGCAGGAGAAGUGCAACCUAAGGGCAGACUUACUAAAAAGCCGACAAGAAUUAGCAUCCCUCAGAGCCCAGGAUACUGAAGGCUUAUACUGGAGCAAGAAACACAUGGGUUACCGUCAGGCUGAGCUCCAGGAGCUGAAAGCAGAACUGGAGAGGACCACAGAGGAGAAGACUGAGCUAAAGGAGAGACUCAGGGAGGCGGAGAUGCACCUGGAAGUGCUGAAGGAGGUGCAUGUUUCCUCCAGGAGUCCAGAAAGGGGAGACUCGAAAAGGUUAGAAAUCACUAUGGAGAAGCUUAAGAACUUGCGUCUGAACAUCACUCGGCUCCUCUCGCUAGUACUCCCUCACCUGGAGCUGCAGGAUAUUAACUUCGAGUCAGAUCAAGUGGAUGAGAUCUUGCAGACUGUGCUGGAGACAAACCGCAUGUCAGAGUAGCUCAUCCUACACACUGCCAUUGUGCCUUUUUGUACAGCAGCUUUAAUAAACCCAGAAUUUCUGUUCCCA